UACAAUUUUUUUAGAAAAUUAUCAGACACAUCAAAUCUUUAAGUUCAUUAUUUCCAUAGAAAAUUCAGUUUAGCACUGUAUUAAGUGUGGUUUUAGUGACUGUAUGAUGAUUAAUUUGUCAUUUUCAAUAGGAAUUUGUUGAUUUUGGUUUUUUGAUUGUAAAAAAGGAAUCCCACUAAACAAUUUGGGUUCACGUAUCUAUGGAUCAACCAGUUUCAGGUCGAAAUAUUGGCGGUACCAAACAAACACAAAUCAGUGGUUUACUAUGUAAAUACACAAAUGUAGUCAAAGGAUGGCAAUACAGAUGGUUCACCGUAGAUCCACAAACUGGAACACUAAGCUAUUAUAUUUGUGAAAAUAGUGGCGAAGAUGCGACACCGCCAAAUAUCGUUGGCAAUACACCGAGAUGGCAAGAGCAUUUGGCUGGUGCUGUUGUUUGUCCAAGUGACGAAGACUCUCGAACAUUUACAAUCGGUACAGCCAACGGUGAUACACUAAAGUUACGAGCAAACAAUGCAAGAGCACGUCAAGAAUGGGUGGACGCACUGCGUAAUAUUGCCGAAUGUCAUACACAGUCGAUCGGUUCACAAUUUGAGCUGCUACCGCCAAGAGAAAUCAUUGCCGCAUCAGAUGCUUUUGGUGAAGCGCGACAACAGCUGCAAAACACAGAACUAUGCAAUGCAAUGCUAACGAGGGCCAUUGAAAAUGUCGAACCACCACUUAAUUCAACAGAUCCUGAUUUACUUUUAUUGAAAGCCAUUUCGGCAUCAAGUACACAUUGUUUAUUUCAAUGUAUGAACUUACUACAACGACAUCACGAUGUAAGCGGCGAAAAUCGCUUCGACUACGUUUAAUGUUUCCUUAUUUUCAUGUAUUAGGUUUAAAUAUACUUUAAUAGCGCCCAUAUCAAUCAAUAAACAUUUAGCCAUUGUUUAAAUUGUUAAUACAAAACAAAAAUUGAAUGUCUAAAUUCUAUUUCUGAGAUGUAAUCUAGUGUUCAUUCAAUUUUAUUUGAGAUAUAAUGAUUCUUCGAUUUAAGAGAGAGAAAAAACUAAACAAAAAAAAUGAGAACAUAUACGACAAAAGCAAAAGUUAAACUUUUAAGUGUGUGAUAGUUUUCUCAAAUAUGUUGAGAUCAUUCAAUUCCCGAAAGCAGUGAUUAUGGCAUCUGAUGUAAAUCAAUAUCAAUGCUUCAAUUUAUUUUCAAUUAUUAUUAUUAUUUUUUGUAUGUGUUUGAAUGAAAUCAUCUCAUAUGUUCUUCCUACGAAAUAUUUUCAAGCCAAUAAAAUGUUGUACAUGACGGUAUGUGUUUUCAAUAUAUCACCAUCGAAUAUUCAUCAGCAUUCAUAAACGAAUAUCUCUUCUUAUACUCGCUUUUUUACAUCUCAGCGAUAGAAAAGUUAUGGUUUUUUUUAAGUUUACGCUUUUUUUAGAAAAAAUAUCCAGAAACAAGAAUAAAUCACAAUUUAUACUGUAAA